AUGGCACGCCAGCAGUCCUUCCAGGGAAGACCGACGGGCGUCAAAGGCUUCAGCAAGGUCGUCAUCGGUAAAGGCGGCAUCCUCAGACCAUCCACUCGAGACGGCUCAGCCGGAACACCAUCACCAAUGAGCUUCGCCGCUGGUCCUCGAGCCUCGAACAGAGCCAGCAACGCUCUCGAAUUCGGCGGCGGUGUCGUGCCAGACGACUCGGACUCGGACGCGGAUCUGUCCGAUUCUUCCAUGUCACCCGUCACCCCUCAAUACUUGACGAACACAAGUCGAAAGCAACCCGAAACCAGCACAGCUGCAGUAAGCAGUGUCGAGAACGCCGCCUUCUUGUCGAACUCUCAAGCUCACGAUGCUCGCCAGAAGAGCAUUGUUGCCCACGCUCGCCUCGGUUCAAUCGACUUGGCAGGUGGCUUUGAAGACUUUCGCUCCUUGAUCGCCUUCCCAUCCUCUCCCAACUUGCUAAAAGAAAGCCCGGCUCUGACUGCUUCACCGACCUUGUCCACUCCCGACUUUGCCGCAACUGUGGCUUCUACUUCCAACACCGACAAAGCUACUAUCCCCUAUUCCCUUGCAGAGAAGCCUCAGCCACCGAUUCCGACGUCAUCGCUAUCCACUGCUAAGCCCCGACUGCUAUCGUCCGCCGACAUCGCCACGACAAACAUCAUCAAAGCGGUGCGCACGCCGUCCAAAAAGGCGUCGCACAAGACCCAUCAGAUUAGCGCAGAAGAGUUCGCCGCUGUUGGGCGUUCGCUGGACAGUGCACGCCGCACUUCCAAUGCUUCGAGUGUUCCCGAGUCCGUUUCCCAAUGUGGUUCCUCACAACUUGCAUGCGAGGAGUUCCGACCGCCUGCUCGGGACGCGGCAGCCACAGGCUCGAUGCGCAGUCUUGAAGGCGGCGAAACAAGAGACUCCGAGACCACUCCAACCUGGGGUCUAGGCAUCAGCAGCGUUGGAGAGCAGGGUCCAGCCGCCCCCUCGUCAACCGACCGCGUCACUCACGCUGCGCUGCGCCGCAGCAACAGCACGCACAGGCACAUCAGGACGGGCAGCGAGCUGUCUGGACAUAGUUCUGCCGACAGCUGGGGGCGCGGCCCGCCUGCUCGCGAUAGCUUCCGAAUGUUUUUCGAUGCCGACAAGAUCGGAGACCUGCACAAGACAGCCUCUUCAUCUUCGAGCAAGACGCAAAGGACCUACGUCAGCGAUAGCGGUCAUAGCACGGCAACCGCAGAGACAAGCACCGACAUGCACGACCUCGACCAGUUGUCCCCGAUCAAGGAGCGCACGGAGUCGCCAGAAUCUACUCGCCAUCGGCGCAAGCCGUCAAACAGCGGCUCGGAUCGUUCAUCACAAGCAGCAUCCUUUGGUAUGCGUAAUACCGGAACUUUGGCAGCAUCUGCGGUAUCUGGCCGUUCUCCGAUUGCGUCACCACAACCGUCCCAAGCUAGGGUGCGCGACCGUCUUCCCAGUCUCAGUGAAGCCCGAGAGGCCGGCAAGACACACGAGCGGAGCGGUGCACAUUCGCCGUUGCAAUCCGCAAUAAAUGAUCUGGAAUCGCCGCGUUCCUUCUCCCACAGAACAAGUUCAACGCGAUCCGCCACCCUUGACGGUCUGCUGCCGCCGUUGGAGCUGGACAGCCCUCUUCUCAAGGCGCACACAAGGAGCGCAUCAAAUUCUUCCUGGACCUAUGCUCGCAAGUUCUCGUCCCAGCAAUACGCCGUCAACGAGUCUCGACGAGGUUCGGCGGAUGCCGUUUCCCCGACAAACACCUCUCGGCUUCCUUCAGGAAUUUACACUACUCCUCUGCCAUCAGCUCCGUUCCCACCCGCCAAAGCUCAAGCGUCCGUACCCACCACGCCCAACCUUGCCUAUGACGCAGCGCUGUCCAAGGCGACAGGCAAGCAGAGAAAGAAUCGACCAGCGGCGUUAGCGCUCGACCACGCAGCAUUGUCCGCAUUUGCACCAAAUGGCGCGGGCCCGUCACCCACCAAUAUCAACUUCAAGGGUCUCGCCAGUCCUGGUCGGCUGCGUGCUCCCCCGCCCUCGGCUCCGCCUUGUGAGCCGCUCCCGCCAAUCCCAAACACGCCGUCGCUCGUACCAAAGAGCCCCGGCCUUCGAUUGCGAACUGGAUCGUGGGCCACGCCUCUUGCUAGUGAACCUGCUGACGCUGUAGACGCCACGCUUUCACUUGUCACCCCAACCCAAACACGCUCUUCCUCCUUCAGCAGGGAGGCGCAGAUGCAAGAAUAUCCCUCAAAAGCGAGAAAGCCGUCAGAUCUUAGCUUGCUGAGCUCACGGGCUGGCGCGCAGCCACCAUUGGUCUCGGAGAGUGCAACGCAAUCUGACUCGGCGGCUCCGAUCAAGAAUAAGGCUCACGACGCUGACCGACACCGUUUGGCCGUCACAUCAGCAGCAGGUAAAGGCUCGAUCCGCUCACCGACUGUCGCGUCCACAGACGAGGGAUUGGACAGCAUCGCGACCGUGACAGUGGCCCAAACAGCCACUCGAGCUUCCUCGCAGCCUAUGCGCUGGUCGAGCAACAAGAAGGGCACCAACGCACCAGAGACGAAUAAGAGUGCUGCGCCUCUUGUCGUGGCCAUCGAGCAUGCCGACGGUCAAAUUGUCUCGCCCGUUAUCAAGCCGAUUGACCUGCAGGAAGCUGGUCAGGUGAACGCGGCCCACAUAGACACGCAGACGCCUCCCUCAUCUGCUGUUUUGAAUCACGUUCUCGACCCUGACAACACGCCACAACUGGGCACAAGUCGACCUUCGCAGCCCGCGAUUCAUCGCGCUUCGGCCGCGGAUAAGGCCGUCCGACCACCUCCAUCUGCAUGGAACAGUCGCAGCAUCGCCUCAACAGCACUUCGGGACAGCGCCCCAAGCGAAUCCAAGUCCUCUGAUGUAGGUCACGACGGUUACGACGAAUCACGAGCAGGCGCGGGGAGCGUCGCCAGCUGUCACUCCACCACGAGCAACAUCAGCGAUCGUCGUCAUGAGAUCUUGCAAGAUAGGGAAGCGUUGCUCGGUGCGCUCAGCGAAUCCUCGCGCAAAGAGAUCAUCAAACGCACCGAAGGACGUUUCGCUGGAGCUUUCGGUGAAGUCGCUCGAGCAUUCCGCCAGCUGCAAGCGGACAAGGAGCAGCUGGAGCAGAUGCUCCGCAAAAAGACGACGCUCGACGGGUCUGGAACAAACAAGGAGGUACAGAGCAUUUCUGUGUCGACAUUGACAGCCAAGCUCGACCACAGCAAUGCCGAGAUCCGCAAGCUGUUGGAUCUGUUAGAGCAGCAGAGAGAAGUAAUGGAGCAGAUGAUGGCAACGCACCAACUGCAGCGCGAGACGUACGACGAGGAUCUGAGCCAUCUUAACCAGGCGUUGGACGAGGCACAGGACGAAGCGGAACAUCAUCGAGCUCAGGUGGUCAAGUUGAACGCAGAGCUCGCGAAAGCGCAUGCGAGCAUGGUCCAAGCCAAUGCUGAGGCGAUGCGGGCCAGAGCAUCAUUGGCAGAGGAAAGCAGAAAGCGGGAGAAUGCGGUGGCGCUGCUCAGGCAGGCCAAGGAGAGACUGAAGGAGGUCGAAACGGAGCAGCAGCAGCAGAGCCAGCAAAGGUUCAGACAAGAUUCUGAAGGCGUCGAAAGCCUAUCUGACGACAGUCCUCGGGUAUCGACUCUGCUCCGAGACCCAUCGGACACUCACCCUCCCAGCUCGUCAGAAAGCGAAGUUGCGCAACUGCGUCGAAUGCUGGCAGAGCGCGAUGCCGAGAUCUCCUCUCUGCGUCUCUCGCACACCGACUCGCUCUUGCAAAACCACCAGCUUGCAGACGACUCUCACUCCACCUCGCACGGCUCUGCGCUGCACGACGAUCCCUCUGAACAAGUCGACCGCCUCCGCACGCAGCUUCUGGAGCAACGCGAACGCGAAAGACACAUCCGAAGCGCCUACCUCCACGUCCGGGACGAGCUGCGCAAAGUGAACGACGAACGACGUCGUUCGUCUACAGCUUCGCUAGGCACUCCAACGAGCGCCAGCGGAGUCGCCGCAAUGGAUGGCCCGUCGUCGAUCGCAAGAGCUUCGUGGAAUGCCGCCGCGCGACCCACGACGAGUGCAGCGGCGGCAAUGGGCGCACGGUACCAGGCUUUCAUGGCGGGUGCAGGCGAGGAGGUUGGUGGGGAGGAACCCAGAUCAGCCGUGCAAUUCAAGAGGUUGAGUCUGCCGAUCGUAGCGAGAGCUUCGGGGAUCGUCGUCGCUGCAGGUACGGCGGGGGGAUCAGAUGCGGGCCACGAGGAGCACGACAGGUGGACAAAAAGACGGCUUCUCACAGAGGAUCGCAGUUAA